CAACAUGACCCAGUUUCUCACACUGUAGCUGCAUGAGAGUCGAGGUUCCAGUACCCGUACGGUUAACUGUGCCAAAGAAGAGAAGUGCAUAACCAGUCUAAAGUCCGUCAAAAGCUGCUCCGCAUACAGAUCAGAGGGAUUUCACAACAUAGCAGACUGCUACGUUAAACCAAGAUGGUGACUAUGUCUGGAACAUACACGCUGGGGAUCAUAUGUCUGGUCCUUCUGAUUGUUCUGUUGGCCUGCAUCAUGUACCAUCCACUGAAGAAAUACUUUCAGGACUGGAACGAUUUGAGGCCAAUCCCUGGAGUGGAUGGAGCUUAUCCAAUCAUUGGGAAUGCACUUCUGUUCAGCACUAAUGCAGGAGAUUUCUUCAACCAGAUUAUUGAAGGCACUAAGGAGUUCAGACAUUUACCAUUGCUGAAGGUUUGGGUUGGACCCCUGCCAUUGGUGGUCUUGUUUCAUGCAGAGACUGUGGAGGAGAUUCUGCACAGUUCCAAACACAUAGACAAGGCCUAUUUCUAUAGGUUUAUGCAGCCUUGGCUUGGGACUGGCCUGCUCACCAGCACAGGGGAUAAGUGGCGUGGCAGAAGGAAGAUGUUGACCCCGACAUUCCAUUUCUCCAUCUUGGCUGAGUUUCUGGAGGUGAUGAAUGAGCAGGCUGAGGUUUUAACACAGAAACUGGAGAAGCAGGCUGGAGGAGAUCCAUUCAACUGUUUUAGCUACAUCACACUCUGUGCUUUGGACAUUAUUUGUGAAACGGCAAUGGGAAAGAACAUCUACGCACAAAGUAACAGCGAGUCUGAGUACGUCCGCAGUGUGUACAAAAUGAGUGACAUCAUCGGUCGUCGCCAGAGAGCUCCCUGGUAUUGGCCAGACUUCAUCUACAGUCUGUUAUGGGAGGGGAAGGACCAUGACAAUAGACUGAGGAUCCUCCAUUCAUUCACUCAGAGUGUGAUCAAGGAGAGAGCAGAAAGCAUGGAGACUGCAGGUUCUGACAGUGAAUCUGACCAUGGCAUCAAAAGGAGAAGACUUGCCUUCCUGGACAUGCUGUUAAAAGCCACUGAUGAGGAGGGAAAUUACUUGAGCCAUAGUGAUAUCCAAGAGGAGGUGGACACCUUUAUGUUUGAGGGCCAUGACACCACAGCAGCCUCUAUGAACUGGGCCCUUCACCUACUGGGAUCCUACCCUGAGGUCCAGACCAAGGUCCAGGAGGAGCUCCAAGUGGUGUUUGGUUCCUCCAACCGUUCCGUCACCGUCGAUGACCUGAAGAGGUUACGUUACCUUGAAUGCGUCAUCAAGGAGACCCUUCGCCUCUUCCCCGCCGUGCCCAUGUUCGCACGCACCGUAAGCGACGACUGUCACAUCAAUGGCUUUAAAAUUCCUAAAGGAGUGAAUGCCCUGAUCAUUCCCUUCGCCCUGCACCGCGAUCCACGAUACUUCCCGGAUCCCGAGGAGUUCCGGCCAGAGCGUUUCCUGAUAGAGAACAGCACAGGACGACAUCCCUACGCAUACAUCCCCUUCUCCGCUGGACCCAGGAACUGCAUCGGCCAGCGGUUUGCCAUGAUGGAGGAGAAGGUGGUGCUGUCUUCGGUGUUGCGUCACUUCUCCGUGCGGGCCUGCCAGAGCCGAGAGGAGCUGAGACCUCUGGGUGACCUCAUACUCCGACCAGAGAAGGGUAUUUGGAUUACGCUAGAGAAGAGACAAUGCUAGAGAAGAGAUGCUAGUCUCCCCCGGCAAACAGCUCUACUAUAAUACUAUGGUACUUUGUCAUGCUAGAGAAGAGAUGCUAGUCUCCCCCAGCAAACAGCUCUACUAUAAUACUAUGGUACUUUGUCAUGCUAGAGAAGAGAUGCUAGUCUCCCCCGGCAAACAGCUCUACUAUAAUACUAUGGUACUUUGUCAUGCUAGAGAAGAGAUGCUAGUCUCCCCCGGCAAACAGCUUCUACUAUAAUACUAUGGUACUUUGUCAUGCUAGAAAAGAGAUGCUAGUCUCCCCCGGCAAACAGCUCUACUAUAAUACUAUGGUACUUUGUCAUGCUAGAGAAGAGAUGCUAGUCUCUCCCGGCAAACAGCUCUACUAUAAUACUAUGGUACUUUGUCAUGCUAGAGAAGAGAUGCUAGUCUCCCCCGGCAAACAGCUUCUACUAUAAUACUAUGGUACUUUGUCAUGCUAGAAAAGAGAUGCUAGUCUCCCCCGGCAAACAGCUCUACUAUAAUACUAUGGUACUUUGUCAUGCUAGAGAAGAGAUGCUAGUCUCCCCCGGCAAACAGCUUCUACUAUAAUACUACGGUACUUUGUCAUGCUAGAAAAGAGAUGCUAGUCUCCCCCGGCAAACAGCUCUGCUAUAAUACUAUGGUACUUUGUCAUGUCGUAAUACAUUGUUUUGUUGUAGCCUCUUUCUCAAUCUUGUGUCUUUAUUAUAGCAAUU